UUUCCUCCAUCACCUUCGCUGCUCAACCCCCUACACGCCCUUCUCCUACGCUUCCCCUCCCCCCCUCUCCCCUCUUCUCUUCUCGAACACAUUUCAUUCAACCUAUUCCUCCACUGUCACCCUUGUCUUCAGCUCUAUCCGUGUCGCUGAUUUCAUUUUGAUUCGAUUUUUUUUGCUCUCGCCUUUUCAGGCAGCUUUGUCCUCGACUAUUCUUGCACCAUGGAAACAAUUUUUCCUCAGAGCGUAAACUUUGGCUGGGAAAACUCAGCGUAUUCAGCUGAGAGACCGUUCCAGCCAGCUGCAAUUGAAACUAUGGAGAACUACAACGGUGCCAUCGACUUCGAAACUGGAGUCUCUACACUGGUUGUUGGCCUGACAGCACCUCAUAAGAUCUUUCGCGUUAGUCAGGAGUGGCUCGAUCUCUUCAAGCUUUCACGAGAGGAAGUCGCGGGAAGAAGCUUGAAGCUGAUUCAGGGGCCUGCUACAGACGUACGAAAAGUGAGCAUGCUCAUUCAAGCCGCAUUGAUGGGGAAGGAGUCCAAGGCUGCGAUUACUAUGUACACCAGCUCCGGAAACUAUCUUGUGCUCACUGUCAACUCCAAGCCAAUCCUGGAGAACAACGAGCCUGUCGCUUGCUCGCUCACCAUGAAACCUGCAGACGUGGUAUACAGCAAGGCCGCCAUGGCUGACGACGGGAUGGCUAAGGUUGUUUUGGGCAUCUCUCAACCGUUUCACGUUGAGUACGUCAGUUCAGCAUUUACAUACCUCUAUGGUAUCUCCGACCAUCAGAUCAGAGGGCGCACGUUGAGAAUGAUUCAAGGACCAAGGACAGAUCUUUCCGUGUGGGCCAGCCUGUUUAAUGAAGCUCAAUAUGGAACAAGCCAGUUCGGCAGCAUGUUUACCUCAACGAUCGACUGUACUGAGGUCUUCUGCGACGUUCAGGUUUAUCCGGUUGUCAAUGGAAUGGGGGUUAUUACGCACAUGAUGGCAAUCUUCAAUCCUGCCUACGAUAAAUGUGAAUGGUCGCAACCGCAAGAAGUGCCGGCAGAAAUGCCUUACAUGCGUAAUACCGGUGAUUUGGUGCACAUGAAUACUGCAAUGCCGCCUGCUCCCCAGGAGAUGUUCGAGAGCAAGCCACAGAUGUUUUCGUUUGCUCCCAAUGUUGUUCCCUACACAGACAAUUUGCUCCCUUCUAACUCCAUGAUGAUGGGCAUGGAGAAUUUGGUUCCAGACAUGCACGGAAUGUCUCUCAACUUCAACUCGAUGGAGUCUGCCAGCAAUGGUGCCGUCUCUACAGUGAUCCCAAGAAGGAAAGCCGGGCAGCAGAUGAAGGACUCGACCGGGCCUGUCUGCAUUACCUUGGAGAUCCUCGACAUGCCCGCUGAUGCUGAAGCGAAUGUGAUGGGGGAUGUGAAACUAGAUGUGUCGAAUGAUUGGAUGAGGAGAGGGCAGGACUUCUUCUUUGAGGAUGCUGCCAGAAAGGAGCAGCGCUUUGAUGAUGGAUGGAUGCAAGUAGAAAAUCCGUUCUGGUUGUAAGAUGUGAAAUAGAAAUAAUAAAUUGCUGUUAAAAUG